AUGUCCAUUGAAACUUUUCGUUGUUUUUUACUCGUUUUAUUUCUUAUUCUUAAUGGUUAUAUUCAAGGAGAAAAUUCAACAGAUGUAAAUACCACAUUAAUAUCUGUACCAGUAGCUGAAGCUACAACAACUAGUCCAGAGACAGAUGAGUCGACUUUAUUAUUAUGUCCCGAAGGUCAUAUUAACCCUCCAAACUGUACACAAUGUCCAUUAAAUUAUCAAAACAAAGAUAACAAAUGUUUUGAAAUAAAAAGUGAAUUAAGACCAUCAAAUAGUACAGGUCGUCGUAUUUUGUUAAUAGUGUUUAUUUGUUUAUUAUCAGUAUUUGCAAUUUUUGCUAUGGUUAUUGUUUAUAUUCAUUUAAAUCAAAAACAUCAUCAUCGUUUAACAUCCAAUCAAGGAGAUAAUUUAAAUUUAUCAACUAAUAAUACGAAUAUUAAUAAUCGUUUUAAUAAUAUAUUAAGAUCAAUUGGUUGGAUUAAUCGUAAUAAACGUAGAGGAUUUAAUUUCUUUUCAAUUUCAAAUAAUAAUCAAUCAUCUGGACAAUAUCGACAACCAGAUACAUCACGUGCAGAUUUAAAUGAAAAUCUUGAUGAAGCUUUAUUAUUCGAUGAUCCAUAUGCUGAUGGUGGACUUCAUAAUUCAUCAGCUAAUCCAUAUAAAUCAUUAACACUUGCUAUUACUUAA